GUUCGAUCUGACCACCCACCGCAGCACUCAAUGUGGUCAACCCUGCUUCACCGUCCCACCCCUCUCCCCUCUCCCUCAUGCUCCCUAUCCUCGUACUUUGCUCCCCCCACCAAGUUCGACCCGGCCACGCACCGCGUGACAGGCAGCAACGACCUCAACCUGGUUAACCUUUUCAGUCUCACCCUCUCUCUCACACCCCUUUCCCCUCUCUGCCUACGCCCUUCCCCACACCAGUUUUGA